CAGGAAAGCAUGAUGGCUGUAAACAAGUAUGGCGUGUGGUGAUACCCGUCGUCUGUGCAGCGAAACUGUGAGCGCCACUCGAAACUUGGCCUGUUUGAACGCCGAUACACACACCGUUACCGUUCGCAAACCCGCCUUAACGUUUUCACUCUGUCGCGUUCAGGUCUGCCUAGUGUCCAAGGAAACUUUCUUAAAUUGAACUGCUCCAAGUGGAGUUCGCCAUGUCGUUGCCGCCGUAUAGUGACAGCCCCAUACCGACGCCUUUUCGCAGUCCAGUGGAAAAUGACUUGCCUCCGUCUUACGACGACAUCACAAAUCCAAAUGCCCCCCCUCCAUCGUACCAGUCACUUUUUGGACAGGUUCGAGAGGUACACAAAGCAUCCAACGGAGUGCUAGACUUCUUGCGGAGUGUUAUACUCCUCUUGCUGGGCACUCUUGGAUGUACAAUCUUGGUUGGAGUCACAGUGAUCAUUCCUGUCAGCAUGAUAGUGAUAGGUACCACAUACUUAAAUGACUGCCCAGCUGAAAAGUACAUCCCAAUUUUUCUGGUGAUGGGUGGAGUGUUUGGUGUGCUGAAGACUCUACUCGACGUCUGUGGCAAGUGUCGACGCCCUGACAACAGCGGGGAGGCUGGCCGCAAUGUAGCAGAAGAACAGCGUGCUGAAGAGCGUACUUGGAGCACACUUGUGAAUUGUUUUCUUUUCGCCUGGUAUGUUGCUGGCUGUGUGUGGGUGUACCGUGCCUAUCCUCCGGACUACACAAACAGCGAAAGCCCUGCAUUUUGUGACAGGACUUUGUACCUCUUUGCGUUUGGACUCGUCACAGCGGGGCUGCUCUCGCUUGGCUUGGUGGCUGCCUGCCUCUGCUGCCUAACACUCUUCUCGUUGCUCUCGAGCAAGGAUUGAUAGCGGCGGCGCCCGCUCACAACUAUCGGCCUGGAAAGCCCGCAGACAUUGAUGCCACAGGUACCACUCACAAGCGCAAGACAUCCACGCCCAGCUUCCCCAAAGAGAGUGUGUGCGAAGGCGUGCUGCGACAGUGAGUGGCACAGUGAUGCUGGAUUUUUAGUCGUGUGAAAGCUACGUGAGGCUUGUCAAUGAGAGCUACUUUCACGAGUGAUGGAAAGCAGUUUAAACUGUUGUGCGACAGCCCCACUCAUUCCUGUGAACAUUUUGGUACUGAAUAUUUCGUUGAUAAAGGAGACAGGUGUAAAUCUCGUUUUCAGCCAAACCGUAGACUCAUUCAAGAUCAUAUUGUGCACAGGGGUAGCAUUCCAUGGUGCUUUUUGUUUAAUACAAAGUUUGGGUGCUGUACUUACUUGUUCUGACCAGAAUAUGUUUGUGUGUCAUAUACAGCAGUGGUGAAUGAAAGAUGACAAUUUCCCCUGUAGUAGGAACAACAAUGCUAUCUGUUUGCAGAAGCGUGAAAUUGCUCUGCAUUUAGUCUUUGUGGCAAAAAUUUUUCUCCUGUAGAACAAGUAGUGCCACUGUUCCAACAUAUGCUUCUGACUUAUUUUGUAUUAAGCAAGCAAGAGUGAAAGUUUGGUAUUGUUGGUACUAUGUUGCCUUAACCAAACGUGCAAAGACACAAGGACAAAGAGACAACCGAGCACCACAGUGCACUACUUUCAGCAGUCUUAUUUUUUUUAAAAAAGGAGAGGUGCCACAUGCAUAGGCUGCACCCAGUUGUCAUACUGAACUACAGUUAUCACACAUACACAUGAGAUCUAACCAUCAGUAUUACAAAUAACAGAAUACCUGAGACUCGAAUGGCUGUUCAGCUUACUUGCUAAUUGCUGCUCCCUUUUUGAACUUCAGUGCAGCAGAAUGUGCAGUAGAGCUGCACAUUCCCUCUGGCAGUUACCUAGGCCAGUAUUUUGUAGCGAUGCCUUUCCGGUGCUAAUGCCUUUUCGCGCUUAUCGCGCUUUGUCAGUGGUCAGAGCGACGGUCCGCUCGCGUUAUCAACGGGAUCAGCCGGCCAUGAGCGGUGGAUGAUAAGACUAGUAUAGAAUAAGUCAUAAGGCAUCGCUACAAAAUACCGGCCCUAGUUACCCAAGUAAGCAUCAAAGAUGUUCAUUGAAGAGCGGCACACAGCUACUGGCACAUACUCGGUGACCCAUAUUGGUAUCAAAGAGAGAGAGAAACUGACCAAAGUGCUCUUGUAACCUUCAUCUUAUUGUCAACAAAAGGAACAAGACAUCGGCCUUUACGCAUCUCAUGUUGGUCAGCGUGCCUACUCCAGGUCGGUGUCAGAGAUUCUUUUGAAGAGUGGUACGUACCCAGUACCAUUGACUCAUGUCAGUGUCAAAGAGGCUCGUUGAAGAGCAGCACAUAGGUGCACAGUGCCACAUACGCAGUGACUGAAGUUUAUCCCACGGUUGGUUUCGAACCCUGUUUUGUCAGCACAACAGCCAGAUGUGCUACCUAUUCGACCAUGGACUACCCAAAGACCCAGGUUUGCGAGAAAAUGGUUAAACAUAGAUAGAUAGUAAGCCCUCAAGUAGUGUGUGAAGUACCUUAAGAAUGCUAAUCACAAUAAUUAACUAGGCUAUUAAGUGUACAACUUGGUAACAGUAAUGGACUGCUGCUGCUUUUUUAACUUCAGUGACUGCACCAUCUUAUGCCUGUCAUUUUUGAAGAGGCCACAUCUGUUUUAGGCCUGCUCAUUUUUACCUCAUGCCUACCAUGCCAUGCACUAUAGAAAGGGUACCGAUACGUGUCCCCACUUCCAGUGAGCUAUCUUUCUGGCAUUACUUAUCCCCGAUAUAAGCUGAUCCUUGUGUUUGGAUAGAAUAGUGUGCUCUUGAAAUACCAGUGGGGCGCAGCCUAUGUAUUUCACACCAGGUUGAAAGCCAUCCUUCGUACAGUCGGGGACAAAAUUUUAAGGUCCAUGGCCACAGAAUAAAUGUUGACUUUCGUUGAAUUUAGCAUGCACAACCAGGAACUGAGGGAUGCGCUAUCAUUCCAGAGUGAGAAAAAAUUAGGUAGACUGUCUAUGUUUUUAGCCAUUUCAAAAUUCUGCAUUUUCUAUGUGGGUGCAGUCCACGAACUUUUGUCCCUGACUGUACAUUCUAGUUGCAUCGUAAACACGUUCUCAGCCAGUCUUCUCAACAUAAUACAUUCCUGGAGACAGUGGAAUCUGGUAGACUGCAUUUGGUUUGUAGCGUGUACUGUGGUGACAUUUCUUUCCAAAUAAAACUGUUGGGAGUAGCGCACUGCAGUAUCAGAUUCAGUCUCUUUGUCCUUCUAAUUUUAGUUAUAGUGAAACUGGCAAGUACUGCAUCCAAACUUGGUACUAAACAAAAUUCACAAUGUGCCACUGCUGCGUACAAUUUGAGUUAAAGCAAGCCAGCAACUUAGGCAGAAGAGGCAUUUAUACCUGGCUGCCUUAUCAACAUCACAUAUUAAGAAUGUAAUGGUGAGGCAUGUCUUCAUUGCACUGUUAUGUGCCAUUGAUGGCUUCAAAACUGGCCCUUCAUUUUUCCCUAUAUGCUGUGACCAAAGGGCAAAAGAAUGGUGCAGUCGACUUCCAUUAAUCCAAUUCAGGACUUGCGAAGUGGGUUCAAAAUAUACAAAGCUUAAAGAUGUGUUCAGAACUUGCAUUGAGUUGAACAUUCAGUAUUUACUGGAAGUGUCUCGAUGACAUUACCUCUUCAGAUGCUCAUAAGAUGAACAAGACUCAUUGUACGAGCAGUGUUGUUGAAAAGCCUAACAUACAUUGUCUUCAUGCAUGAAAAACCGUUUCACAAGCCAAAAUGUCAUUUGCACUUCUUGAGGAGGUGAUUGGAGUUUCUAGACCUCUACAUUAUCAAUGUUGCUGCUGUCUAAUUGCCUUACCUAUGCAGUGCUACAGUCAAAAUUUGUGACGUCGUCAUUGUUCAGGAUGUUGCAUAUUUCUGCGUUAGCAUACACGGACUCUCUCAUGCCGACAUUGCCUAGAACUUCAUGGUCUUUAAGGACCAACAACUUAGCUGGACUGUCCACACCGGAACUGUUGUACAAGGGUGUGAAACCACAGCUUCUGAAACAGUUUUGUAAUUGCUGGCGGCUUUGAAGUCUUUGUGUGUUUCUCCGAACAGAGUCAGUGCAUUUGGUCUGACCAGGAGUACUUGUAAUUUAACUGCCUAGUCUGCUCUAGUGCAGCUUAUCUGAUAUUCAACAUCUCAAGUAUGAAAUAAUGAGCUCGUGUUUUGUUCUGCAGAAACAUAUAAGGGUCUUUCAGGAUCUCAUGUUCAACUUGACAUUUCAAGUUUGAUUGAACAGCAUGCUUUUUAUAAAAAUUCCUAUUAUAGACACUUCCUAACUACAUUUGCAGUGGCAAUGCUGCCAUUGCCUUAACAGGGCAUACCACAAUUCCUAUUUUUUUUUUUUUCUAGUUUAAGCAUGAGAAUGCCAGUCUUGAACUUUUUCAUUCUUUGUGUUAGCAAAAGCAGGCUUAGAAAGCAUUGCUGAACUUAAGUAUUAAGCAAUGAUGACGUCUGUAGAGGACAGCAUGUAAGGAGGAAGCAGACUGCUGUACUCUACAAAGGCUGAUAAUUUAAACUAGUGCACGCUUCUGCAAGAGCUCAGCUUCGAGUCGUGGGCCAGGCUUUCACCGCCCAACUCUUAUUUGCUUGGACUGGGCCCAAACCAGAGUGUGUGUGCUGAUUAUAUGGGCUGAUGGCACUAUUUCAGCUUGACAGUGAUGUGCAGAUUGUUUGCACACUACUGCAAAUCUUUACUGCAAGUUAGACUGCAGGAGACACUGAAAGUUGCACUGUGCAUAAUAUGCAUGGAAGUCGCAUCGCACAUUAGCUGUUUUGCAUGUGAGGUUGAACUGCCAAUAUCUUUCUUGCGCCCAGUAGCAUAGGCAUUACCAGAACUUUUGAACAUGUUGAAUUGAAGGAAAGACCGAAUUAAUGGAAGUCGACUGUAACGUCUAAAAAGAGUGUUCUGUACUUAUUCUGUAAGCUUGUCAGUUCACCAACGAGUUUUGCAAUGAUAUUUAUCUAUGUGCAGUAUACUGACAGGUCCGCGGCAUAAAAUACAGCAGUUUCAGUGAGUUUAUUUAUUUUCUGUGUUAAAGGGAGGAGCAUGGGCACCUUUCUGGACUGCCGAUCAGUUGUGUGACCAUUAUAAGAUGCAUAAGAACAAUAGAGUACUUAAUUUCCAUAGGUUAUGGUGUGCAAAACUGCAUGGAGUUUUAGUUUAUGUGACAAAUGGUAUUAUGUUGAUUGCUUACUGAUUAGCCACUAUAGCUUGCCACUAUUGGAAUUGGCUAUCCAAGCCAUCUCUCGGAAAUGUUCUCCCAUAGCAAAUAAAGUGGCAAACAUUUGCGGUCUGUCAAUAUACUGUUUUUUUGAACCUUUUGUCUUUAGUAUGCUCUAUGUAUAUAAUCGCGAUUUGUGCUAAUUGAAAUUAGCCAUGUCUUCUAAGAUGAACAGCUCAAAUGAAGCUGUACACAUGCAUUUUGUACGGAAGAUUGUUUCACGUUGGUAUACCGUGUGCAUCGUUCAAUGUGAAAAAUAGGAAGCCUUCAAAGUGCAAUUCAUGCAGCCUUCUGUAUAAAUAAUGGCUGAAAUGUUGUUGCAGCUGCCUCUGGUCUUUUUGGAACUGUACAAAUAGCCAGCUAGUGGACAUGUUUUGUUGUAGCAUUACCUCGGGGAGUGCUAUGGACCGAUUGCCCAAGCAUGCAAAAAGACAUUGGAAGCGUUAGACUGUAUAGUCUCUCGCUGGGCAUAGCCAUGUUUGAAACAUUUAGCGGCAGUCAUGGGCUGGUCACAGUGAGAAAUGUUACAGGAGGCAUUUGGGAAAAGGCUUGCAUGUGAAGCUGCCGAAAUCUAAGAAAUACAUGAGCUGUGCGCUGUGAAUAGUGAAUGCAGAAUUCUGCGAUAUAGUCACAUACUGGUUAAGAAUGUGGUGUCCCUCAAAUUGAACAUGUACUCUUGCACCAGUGAAAUUCACCCUGUUCUUCCCUCUUCAUAUCUUUGCCCCUGCUAAAAGAGAAUUUUGUUCUUGAAGUGUGAAUGAUACCCACAUCUUCAUGUGAAGGGAUCAACCAAGCCAUGGUACAUGUUCGCUGCUGCUACUACUGCUGUACGCGACACAAGAACAAAAGGGGUGGGAGGUAUCUAAGUGGUCCUUCAGACAGAAAUUUAGGGCAGUCCCUUCCUUAAUCGCUUUUCAAACUACCGUUAUACUCUGUGAACUGUGUUCUCAGUCUCUCAAACCUGCCGAUCUUGGCUGUCCACACGUUUAUUGCAUGGCCACAGUUCACUCGAUGUUGAUGAACCACUGAGGCAUCUGCUCUUCAUGCUAGUGCAGUCACUAAAGAAACCAUUAACAAUGCCACAAAAACCCGAGACAGUGUGAGAGACAAGUACGAUGGGAACAACAGGAACAGUGCAAGAUUGUUGCUAUUGUGCUUGUGUAUCUCACCAUCCCAGUUUUUUGUUCCAUUAACAAUGAAUCUGAUAACUUGCCCUGUUUACUCCAAGAGAACGGUUGCCCUAAGAGAAAUAUUUUUUAUAGUGUGGAAUGAUGCAGGGCAGGCACAUGGCACUUUAGGGAAGGAGUGUCUCUUACAUUCUCAACCUGGCACCAGCUGUAGUUAUUUUCAUGUGCCUGAACAAUCCAGUUUUUUUUUUCCCCCAAGUUUGUUUUCUGUAAACAUCUUGAAGAAUUCGCUUAUCAUACAGCAAUCUUUCCCCUCUCUCUCUUUUUUGUCACUCUUUUGUGCAGUCAACACUACUCUGCCUGCUGCUUCCUGUCAGUAAUGCAAAUGCGGACGUGGCAUUAACAAAAGGAGGGUAGCGUACUGUGUGAAU